AUGAGUCCUACGCCGAGAAGCUUACGCAACAAGGAUCGCAUGAGUCCUACCCCGCGAUGGGACUUCGUAGGCAAGGCAGCCUCAGCCCAACUCCUUCUUUGCCUCCCAUUCUUUCAUCGCCAAAUAUCCACAGGAAUCCAUUCUGAUCAUUCUCAGGAACGCGCGUUCUUCUCCAUCGACAUUCUGCCCAAAUACGUCCCUCACGCUGUGCUUGCUUCAGGGACAUUUGCAUCCUGGGCUUCCAGGGUGCUUACACCAUCGCGGAUACCAUCAUCAUCAUCAUCAUCAUCACCACGGCAUCGAAAAACAACAACAGGAACACCAUCACCAAAAUCCAGAACAACAGGGGCGCCUGGAAUUUCACCAAGGUCUGCCGCUGCAGGAGACAGAGCGAGGGGCCACGCAGUACCGACACAGCCCCGUUCCCCAUACACAGAGGGAGUAGUACCAUGCACGAUACCCUUUGCGGAAGAGGCUUGGCGCGGAGGAUACCCGCAGCAUCCCACGACAGAGCAGCACCAGCUGCAGUGCAUUAGGGAGGAGCCAAGCAAUGAUCCCGCAGGAGUGGAUGGCAAAUCCUGCACGGCAGAAACCGCCUGUGACGUAGAUGGGAGAAGGAUGCAUGACCAAACUUCUGAAGGCUUAUCUUGGAGAAAGAGCCCGUGCUGUUAUGAUGCCGAUUUCAUCUUAAUCGAGAAUGCCUUAUCCUCCUCCUCCUCCUCCUCCUCCUCCUCCUCUUCCUCCUCCUCCUCCUCCUCAUCCUCCUCCUCCUCCUCGCCUGGGCCUAAUUUACCUCAUAUAACCACCUAA